GGGCUACAUGGCCUCCUCCUGCAGCGCAAAAUACGACACUAACUUGGAUCAACAACUUUUGAGUCCUUUGCCCUCAGUAGACAUGGACGAUAAAAGGAAUUGCAGAACAUGAGCUCUUUUUUUGUCGGUUAAACACGUUAGGAAGGAGCGGUUUGGGACUUUCUGCAGGUUUUAUCUUCAAUUUGCUUCUUCAGCAUUCCUUUGUGUCGCUUCUUUUUGUCGACUGUGUGUUGAAAGGACUUAUCCUUUAUUUUGAUUUUAAAUGCAGCAACUCCGGCUAACUUCAGCAGUGGUGUAGUUUAAUCUCUGAGAUUAUAUGUUUAUUUAGUUUCCUUCACAGUAAUUAAUACUAAUAAUCUUAUUACUACUGAGGGGUUUGAGUGUGUUUUUGUUGAGUUGGAUGAGGGGUUAUUUUACUGGUAAUUGCUUCAUGAUUUCUUAGGAUGACACGUGUCUUGUGACACAAAAGUGUCAAAGUACACAAUCUACAAAUAGCCUCUGCAGGCAUGAACCUGUGGAAAGUGUGUGUGUGUGUGUGUGUGUGUGUGUGUUCGUGUGUUUGUGUGUGUGUGAUUCCACAGUAAAAGUUGCCAGCAGGUCUUAUUGAGAUAUUUUAGUUGCAUAAUAUUACAACAUAAAUACAUAACCAUUAUAAUCUCAUCGACGGAGUUUAUUUUUCUCAUAGUCAGACCAUGCUAACUAAAAUAAUUAUUCAUUGUUGAAGAACUGGGAUCCUCUCAACGAACCCAGACUGCAUUUGUGAAACCAGAUUCCCGACUGGACACCCCCUCGUCAUCACCAUGUCCUAUGAUGAAGACCCUUACAUCUUCUCCACUGACACGCUACCCAGUGACCGCCGCUUCCUCCCUCCACUAGCCAACGGGCUACUGGGAUGGAGGGUGUACAACAAAACCAUGCACAUGGGUGGUGUGUACAAUGGGGAGGGUGGAGGUUGUCACCGAGCAGAUGUCCCCUGUCCUCUUGCUGUGAAGGUCGAGAUGGACGAACCAGCCCAGCACACCUACAGCCUGGACACCCACACCGGCAUUUUCACCCACAGCCUGAGCUCAUCAAGUGUAACGGUCUCACAGUCUCUGUACUCACACCGACACUACCCCAACCUGAUGGUGAUGGAGGUCCUGUUGGUGCGUCAGGUGACCUCAGAGGAGCCAGUCGCUGUGAAUCUGGUCAGUUCAUUCACACCUCAAAGCAAAGACAUUGUUUUUGAGUCUUGUCCUGAUUACAAAGGAGGGAGUCACAUCCAAGGAAAGGUCACCACGGCUGAGUUCCCGGGAGGUUCCUGUCCCACAGUGCACCUUAUCUGGACCCCCAUACCCCCCACUCUGACACUGCUUCCAGAACAGAGCCAGGCCCGCUGGGGCUUCAUCCUGGUUGUCGCCAACAGUUUAGACACAGCGGAGGCCAACUAUGACGAGGGCCUGAAUCUGUUAGCAACUGGUGACCUGCGUCCCUCUCACGAGAAGGCCUGGAAAGAGCUGUGGCUGCAGAGCAAGGUGGAGGUGGCCGGGUCAGAGAGCCUGUGCAAGGCUCUGAUAGGCUGCAUGUUUUACCUCCUUAGCGCCUUCCCCUCCAUACAUGACACAUCCAGCUCUUUCAGUGGAGUCAGCCCGGGCGGACUGUCUAAUGGUGGGGAUGGUCAGGACUACUGGGGCCACGUUUUCUGGGACCAGGACAUUUGGAUGUAUCCUGGCAUAGCCCUCUUCUAUCCCACGCUAGCCCGAUCUGUGCUGGAGUACAGGGUGGGGACUAUAGAUGGGGCAAAAGACAAUGCCCAAAAGCAGGGCUUCAAGGGACUGAAGUUCCCGUGGGAGAGCGCUGUGUCGGGGAGGGAGGUGUGUCCAGAGGACAUUUAUGGACAACAAGAGAUUCACAUAAAUGGAGACGUCACCCUGGCUUUCCAACACUAUCUCUACCUCACUGAGGAUCUGUCCAUGUUCACAGAGGGCAAGGGCAGCGAGGUGAUCUACGGUGUGGCAGACUACUGGGUUUCCAGAGCGUCCUGGAGCCCUGAGGACCAGAAGUAUCAUCUCUUAGGUGUCAUGCCACCGGAUGAAUAUUACUACAAUGUCAACAACUCUGUGUACACAAACACAGUGGCUAAAUUCAGUCUCCAGUUCGCUGUAGAUUUGGCCGACCUCCUCCAACAUCCGGCACCUAAGGAAUGGCAGGAAGUGGCCGAACAACUCAAAAUACCUUUUGACGAAGAAUCCCAGUACCAUCCUGAGUUCGAUGGCUACAUCAAAGGGGAUCCAGUGAAACAGGCCGACACAGUGAUGUUGGGCUAUCCUCUCGGACUGCCAAUGUCCAAAAAGAUCAGGAGAAAUGACCUUGAAGCGUAUGAACCAGUAACAGACCCUAACGGUCCAGCCAUGACGUGGGGCAUGUUUGCGAUCGGCUGGCUGGAAAUGGGGGAGGCUGAGAAAGCUCAACAUUUACUUGAGAAGUGCUACAAAAACAUCCAGGGACCGUUCCAGGUAUGGAGUGAAUCAUCAGAUGGCUCUGGUGCAGUCAACUUUCUCACAGGGAUGGGGGGCUUCCUGCAAGCUGUGCUGUUUGGGUAUCCCGGAUUUAGAGUUCAGAAGGAAUGCUUGGCCUUUUCCCCACUUCUUCCCAAUGACAUUUCUGAGCUCUCUGUCCGUGGUGUGAGCUACCUGGGCCAUCAGAUGGACUGGCUGCUGACGAAGGAUGACGUCUGUAUCAUUCUGAGGGAACAGGCCGACAGUCUUGGCAACACAAAGUCCUGUAAUCUGCAGGUUGUCCUGAAGGCAUCAGGAACUAAAAUCCCUCUCACGCCAGGGAAGCCGGUGACUUUUCCUCGAGAGCCCGGGUGUGUUUGUAAACUGGCUUGGGGUUAUUCCUGUUGGCCUGUCUGAAACACUGACCACGACCCUCCUCAUCAUUUACCCGAAAUCAAAAAUAUGUUCAGCAAGUUAUUUCAUAUCUAAGAUACUGUUAAGUUGUAUGUUCCCAUUUACUAAAGUAUUGGCAAUCUCAUACAACAUUUGUUAAAUUCUUAUAGUGUUAGUAUUAUAAUAUGCAACCGGUGUUAUAAAACCAUGUAGGCCUACCAAUUAUAUUGCACUGUAAAUGAAUUAUAUUGAAAUAAAACCAAACCAUCAAACCCUU